UCACGCUCACCGCACGGCAUCAGUCUACAUUUCGUACAGAACGUGCUACCCGUUUAUUACGCCCGUAUUCAACAUUACUAUGAGGUAUCUCAGUGCGCGUGAACGCAAAGGGUGACACACGAAUCACAGAGCUCUAUUCAACGCUGUGCUUUCGAUUUUCUGCUUCGCUUAAGCAAGCAUCCUUUGUGAAUACGAGCGUUAGUACCUACUAGAAGUUUCAAACAAAAAUGGACGACGAAAGACUCAUAGAAUGUGUGCGCAGGUACCCCGUAAUAUACGACAUGUGCCAUCAUAAAUAUUUGGAUAACAGAUACAAGAAUAUAGUGUGGCGAACGAUAGACAUGGAGAUGAAUCAAGAUGAGGAUGCUUGCAGAAAACGAUGGUGUAACAUAAGAGAUCAGUUCAGAAAGUCAUUAAACAAACGCAAAAAGGAUCGAGCGAAAGGCGUUACAAAAUUCAUGAGGUAUAAAUAUGAGAGCAAUCUGAAUUUUUUGAUUCCUCACAUAAAUCCGCCGGGCAGAAAGAAGCGGUUAGGUGAGAGGUCGGCCGAACCGACCGAACAAGAAGGGAACAAGAGGGCCGAACAAGAGGGGAACCGACUUCAAGGACAACAUUCGCAAUCCAGUGAUUCGGAAGAAAGUUCUAUUACAGAUCGUUCUCGUAAACGGCCUCAUGAAAACAAAACAGAACCACUAACGGAUAUUAAUUUCAUGGUCGAAUUCCUGAAGAACCAACAAAGAAAUCAGAACGAUCAUAUCGAGGCCUUCUUCAAAGGGUUAGCGGCUACAGUGAAGAAUUUCUCGCCGUACUACCAGUAUCUGGCGAAAGGAAAGUUGUUUGCAGUAGUUCAGGAAUUGGAAUGGAAACAGAUGUUGGACGAAUGUUCGGGUUCGAUGCCUGCAGCGAAUUCAAUGGGUGAGCAUGAGCCCACUGCAACGAAUCCGGCGUCUUCUCCACGAACAGAAAAGGCUGAAUUGAUGCGAGAGAGCUCGUCACAGCUAAUGACGCCUUCCCAAGUUUUAUCAGUGCCAGCUACAUCGCCCAAUAUAGCUGAGAAUCUUCCGGCAGAUGCAACAGAAAACCCAGUUUAUCCAAUAAUUGAAAUUAAAAUGGAGUAUUCUGACUCAUCAGAAAUUAACGAGGAUACGAAGUCAAAUGGCUCCACGAUUGAUGAGAAUGAGCAUGGCAGCCAAUAGCGACGUUUACUUAUAUUUUUGCUGUAUGUGCCUAGACUGUUCUUAGUGUUCUUAAUGUUUAAUUUUAGUUUCGUUUUUUUUUAUUAAGGAUAAGUUUUAUAGAUAUGAAUGUGUUUCUAAUAUUCUUUAAUCAAAUCAAAAUCAAUCAAAGCUGUUGAGGCAACA